AUGGACUGGUAUGAUAACAUUUUUGAUGUCAUGGAUGACAAUGAAGACGUACUGGAAUAUACACCACAAGAGUUGAAUCGAUUCUACAAGUCUGCCCAGUUUCAAUCGAACAUUGAAGAAGAUCCGAUCGACGAUGAGCAAAUCACCGAAGAUGUCGACAUGAUCUUUCUCGAUAAUCACACUGAUCAUGCGCAACCAACGACAGCAGCAGCAGCAGCAACAGAAAAGGAAGACGACCAAGACGCCGCAUUAUCACAAAGAUUUAGUCAGUUGUCAACAGAGGAUGCUUACGAACAACUCAUUGACAAUACUAGCCUUAAGAGACGGCGAAGCACAUCGAAAAGUGUCGAUGUCAUUUCAAAAAGGUUUAAACUGACUCCUGACAACAAUAUAGAAAGAGUUGAUAUCAAAGAUGACUUCAAACAAGAGAAAUUCGAUGACGACACACCAGCUUAUCUAUCAUUGACAAAUACAGCUUUUCUUCGUGUCAUCAAGAAUAUCCAAGCUGUCCAAAGCACAUUCAGUGCAACUGACUUGCAAACCAUAGCCACAUCGAUGCAUCAUAUUGCUGCUCUUCGUUUGCGGAAGCAUAUUACCCAUCUCUAUCUCCGAUCUGGUACUGGCAAGUUAGGUGACCCGAAUUCUGAUUUGAACAACAUCGACUGGCGAGUAUGGCCUGCUCAAGUCAAAUUAGUCAUGUCGGCCAAGCAUGCACAAUCGAAUAUUUCUAUGAACGACACAAUGAAUGCAGAAGAUGAACAUCUCGAAUGUGAAAAUCUUGUUACUGAACGAUUGGAAGAGAUCAAUGGCAAGGUCGAGCAAUACAACAAGCAAUUGGAAGACAAACGAAGCCAAUUAAUUGGAUUUACAUCAGCCGUGGAAGACACAAUCAUUCAGUAUGUGCAACGUUAUGGCAUUAUUCCACUUCAAAUGAAAACUGAUCUCAAAAUAGCCUUGCUCAAGCAUGAUUACAAUGCUACCAUACUUCAAAGAAAAUAUGAACGGGAAAAUCCAAAUGAAUAUCAAAUUCAAGUAGCACAACGGCUAUGUACAGCGAGACAUAAACUGGAACAAUCGAAACGUGAAUUAAUCGAGUUAAAACAGCGAGUCUUCUACUACAAAUUUCCUUCUGGACUCAAAGAUAUUGGCGCAUCGCCAUCGUUAUUGACCGACUCGACAACAGCUUACAGUACUGCCCAUCAUAAACUCUUACUCGAGGAUAAACAUGAGAAAAUAUAUCAACGAGAGAAACUUGAUUCACUCGUACCACAUGUAAUUCGAGCAGAAAUCAGGUAUCAUCAAGCAGACGACAAAUUCAACGUCGAAUACACUACCAUGCUAAAUAAUCAUCGCAAUCUUGUACGAAACAAAGGAAUGACAACGGCAUUAAGUAGUUUGUUGGAACAACGUCUCAGCAAUAUUACCGAUCGAUUACGAGAUAUUCACUAUUAUCGAAUCAAUUUCCUGCUUCGCAGUUCUUAUGGUGAUCUAGAGAACACGUACAAACAAACAGAACCUAAUCAACAAGCGAACAGCAAUACAUUUCUGUCGAACGUGAUUAGUGAUACAAUGCAUGGAUUGACUAUGAAACAAAUACAACUACUCAGUAGAGGACCAUGCUACGUGCCACCGUGCCAGUCACGACUCCUGUCAUCAUCUUCCAAUCUAACAAGCACGUCAGUUGUAGACAUCGUCAAGAAACAGUAUGCACCGUUGAAACAUCAAAUAGCUGGUCUUCUUUCAAAACAUCGUAUCAAUAUUGUUUCGUCAUGGGAUAUCCAUUCAAAUCUACAUCAAAAAUUUACUGAUCUUUUUGCCAUUUCAAUUCCACACCAUGUUCAGCAACGCACCAUGUACGAGAUGAAAUUAGUUCAAUCGAUACACUCUAAUCUUAAAGUCAACAACCUUAUUCUGCAACGAACAGCCGACAAUCGGAAUACUUUCUAUAUUGGCAAUCGAAAAGAAUUCGACACGAAAGCAAACAAACACAUGGCAAAAUCAGACGAUAUCUACGAAUUCAUAGUGUCCAUUAGCGAUGGCAGCAAAGGUAUGGACGACGACGACGAUGACCUACUACAACAGCAACCACUACCACAGGAUCCCCAAUAUCUACUGAGUGGAAGAAUCGAAGCAAUCGACUUUGCAUUGGAAAUUUUGGAAAAACGGAAAGCGUUGAAUCAUGACACUAUCAGCAAGCUUACAAUCGAUCCAAACAAGGUCAAACUACCCCAUCUGUAUUUUCUACCGGAUAUUUCCAAAAAUAGCGAAAUGUCACUUGUGCCAAUAAUCGUUGCAGCUCAGAGCAUAACAUCAAACAUUGCCAGGUAUGUCAACCAACUGAUUCGGCCAUUUGCUGACGAGAAGAUGAAACCAGUGACAUUCUACAAUGAAGCGGAUUUUAUGAGAAAACUCAUCGCCUAUGCAUGUGGUCAACAUCGUCUCAAACCAACAACUCUGUUCUGUACGAUUCAUGUGACGAACUUCUAUUCGCUUGAUGAACAUCAUGCAAUGGUUGACACCAUCAUCUCUUUUUUACAAGACAAAUCAGCCAACAACAAAGUCAACCAAAUAUCCAUUAACAUCAUUAAAAAUCUCUUACAGCUCUACCUCUACAACAAUCUUUUUUCAUUCCAGAAUAAAAUUUACACUAUGUCAUUAACUGAAACCUUGGCUAACAUUUACCUGUAUGAUUGGCAAAAAUCAAUAUUGAAUCAAUGUGAAUACAAUCAAGAACUGUUCGGAAGAAAUAAAGAUCGAAUCUUUUUCACAUGGAAUCAAUCGUCUGAAAAGCUUGAUUUUUAUCUGCAGUCGCUGAGACAAAGGCAACCAAACGUUCGUUUUCGAUUAGCCAUUGGCUCAAACGUCCACUAUUGGAAUGCUUACAUCGAAAAUCGAAAGGGUGAACUCUACACUCGAGUGUACCAUGAUCCAAUGGCAUUACGUUACACAUUACCCUACGUUGUUGGUCACUCCAAAAUGCAACAUAGCGAGUGGCUUCGAUCAGCACUUCUUCGAGCCGUCUGCUAUUGUUCAUCAGCUGAAGACUUUCAUCAGGAACGCAUCUAUGUUGAAUUAACGUAUCUGGCCAAUGGCUAUUCAUUUUACUUUGUUGAAAGUCAUGUGCAACACUUCUUCGACUACUUCGAAGAUGGCGCAAUGCGAUAUCGAACAGAUCCAUCCAGUUACCACUCAUUUCGUCGACGAUGGUUUGACUACUUCGAGUUGCAAAUGCAGCGCUCAACACAACUUCAAAAAUUGAAUGAUAACAAUCAAAUGGCUCGCUUCAACUAUUACUAUGAUUACGGGCCGCGGUGUGAAUUCAAUCGAUACUUUCAUGAACUAUGGUCAAAGCAUUUUGCCUCACAUCCGACACUCUGCGAUGAGAAAUCGAAGUUUCAACUAACGACAAAACAUGUUCAUACACUCAACGCUUUGCUAUCGUCUCGAACAUAA